UGACGCAUGCGUCAUGCGAUCGUCGGAUCUUGAACUGCGUUAUUUUUGUAAUUAUCUUUUACGGAAGUUUAAGAGUUUAUUAUAGAGAAUAGUAGUAGAUUCUUCAAGUAAAAAGUGCAAUAGACUUAUUUUAAGUCGAGCGGUAGGUGGCUUUACUACACACUAAUACUUAGUUGUUAGUCCAUAUACAAAUAGAGGUAUCGUUGUGGUAAAUGGCGUACUUUGUUACCAUAACCUCACAAACUGUUUUAGUUUUAUAACUUGAAAUGCGUCGUAAAAGUAGCCGCACAGCAGCGAAAGCUACACCUGAAAAACCGGUGGAGUCGCCGAGGAAAUCACGUAGACAAUCAAAACGCCACAAGAAGUCGUCAUCUCCAUCGUCUAGUGAGGAACCAGUAGAAGAUGUUGUAGUUGAAUGUGAUCAAAAACAAUCGGAGAUACAGGCUGGCAAGUCUGUUGAGUCCAAACCAGAAGAACAGACAACAUGGAAAAUUGCACCUUCAUCUACACCAACCGGAGAGGUACAGACGCUGAAGUUGUGUUUAACGAGACCAUCAUCGUUAUCUCCUGAAAAGAUAGAAAAAUGCACUAGACGGCGAAGGAGCAAGUCAGGAGGUCAAACGGAGGAAGAUGUGGUUUCCAAUGAAAUUAUGCUUAGAAAACUUAGACAUCGAGGCUCAUCUGGUGAGAAGUUUGAAGACCAAGACGAAGAUAGUGACCACCAGGAAGAUAAAAAAGGUAAAGGUAAGUCUAAAGCUAAACAUAAAUCAAAAAGUGAGAAAGAUCAACAAAUACAAGACUUAACGGAUAUCAGUCAAAGUGAAAUUUCUGAAAAUGUACAGGUGACACCUCAGUCACCCCAAGCCCCUAUCGAUAUUGCGGUUGAUAAUGAGAAUGUGUCCACUAAUGAGAAUGAAACAGUUAUUCCCGCCGAAACAACUGGCCAACCUGUUGAAACUACCAACUGUGAUAAAGCUAUUGAAAACGUGGAAACUAAUGUCAGUGAUGAAAACAAUAGAGACAGUGAUACACCACCUCCCACACUUGAGCAACAGGAAAGUGAUAGAAAUCAUUUAAAUGAACAAUUUAAGGGUUUCGAUACUGCCCCCGAGUUAGUUAGGGUAGAUUCGGAAGUGGUUAAAGAAGUUGUAAGUCCCCAAGUGCGUGAGGAAGUAGUAAUCGAGUGUAAAAAUGCUGAUGACGACAGUGUCCCAAAAGUAGGGGCAGAAGUCGUGAAAUCGCCAUCUGUUGAAAUUAAUCAAGAAGAGUCAAGAGAUGACGAACCUGAGAUAUCCCUACCAACGUCUGAUGGUCAGAACAAGCCUGAAAGUAAUUCUUCAGAUGGGGGAGAGCAUGUGAUACCCUCUGAUGAAAGUGCUUCGCAUAGCACCCCUGUGUCUACAGAGCAGGUGGUUGCUAUGAUUCCCAUUGAAGAAAGUCCACCAGAUACUGCUCCUGUGUCUACAGAGCAGGUGACUCCCAUUGAAGCGAGUGCACCAGAUGAUACACACAAUGUAAGCAUGGACACUGCAGAAGAGACCAAUCGUUCUGACGACGAUUCCGCAUCGGCAGAUGUAACUAUGGAUACAACUUCGGUUAAGGACUCAACAAGUUUGGAUAUCACUCAAUCAUUUAGUCCAGAUAUUCGGCAAAUUGUGGAAGUUAAUGAAGAACUUCAAAAUUUAAAAAAUGACACGUUGCAAAUUUUGGAAAAGGUAGCGAAGCCUCGGGUUGCACGCACUUGGGGUAGUCCCUAUAUAUCAUUAGAACUCAUGAAAAAUUCCCUCCAAAAGAUCGACGUCAACACAAUAAAACUAUUUUGUCCGAACGUUAAACUUCUACAGGAAGAUGAAGUUAAAAUGGAUAUUCGUGAGAGAAAAUCUUCACACAUGCAAGAGGGUAGGGAGAGACGUAUCAAUCGAAAGGUUUCCAUUGAUUUCAAACCAGAAGAUGGAGAAUCAAAGAGGUUAAGCACACAAAGUUCUGUAAACUCUGAAAUAGAGGAGGCUGUCGAACCGGAAGUCGACAAUUCCAAUAUUAUCGCCAUGAAUCGCAAGAUCUCUAUUGUUGAUGAUACGGCUAGUAAACUGAAACCUCCUCCCAGCCCGGCCAAAAAUCCGAUUUCAGAGUUGCUUUACAUAACAAACCUUGUGCGACCCUUCACUUUGAAACAACUGAAGGAAUUACUGGAACGAACUGGGAAAAUUCGCGAGAAUGGAUUUUGGACAGAUCGUAUUAAAUCAAAGUGUUAUGCGUAUUACGAAACUGCUGAGGAAGCAGAGGCAACGCGUAAUGCCUUACACGGAGUGCACUGGCCAAUAGGAAAUGGCAAAAAAUUAAUAAUCGAGUACUCGACAGAAGAGGAUUUGGAAAAAGCAAGGAACCCGACACCACCCCCACCUCCUCCUGUUGUUCCUCCACCUCUUAUGGCCAACGUAGCAACUUUAGAUAAACAGGUUCCUGUGGAUGAGCCACCCAAGAACAGUAAACCUGAAGAAAGCGAAAGACCAGUGAAGGAGCAUCAGCAUUCAAGAGGUGACGGUCACGUUCGGGAGUGGGACAUCGGUAAAGAAAACAUGCACAAACCCCGAUACCGAAGCAGAGAACGAGACGAAAGGGAUAGGGAACGGGGUCGUGAACGAGAAAGAUUGGAAAGACACAAACGUAGGAGAACCCCUUCACCUACCGACAAUUACCUGAAUCGCAAAGAAAAAAAGAAAGAGGAAGACGUACCUCAAAAGUUAAUGGACGACCUAUUUAGAAAAACAAAAACCACGCCAAGCAUCUAUUGGCUGCCUCUCACUCCCGAUGAGAUUGCAACAAAGCAACAGCAAAGGCUUCUGCGAAUGGCAGAACACAAACGGCGAAUGGAAGAAUCGUCACGUGGUAGUAGGGGUGAUUACGGGCGGGGGGCUCCAUACCGUCGAAGAUAUGAUUAAACUUGAGUAUAUUAUCGCAAAUCGUGUUUCGCAGGUUUACACAUUUCUCACUCGCUGAACUGACUUGCUCAUUUUUUUGCAUGUAGGUUUCUUAAAUAUUUCUAAAUUUCAGAUAUCUGCCUGCAUUUUAAGCGUUAACUCGACAAUUUUGUUGUUUUUUUUUUAAUGAAUUGGGAUGUGUUUUCAAAAUUUUUAAUAUGGUUUCAUUUGAUCUUUUAUUUUUGGGUACAAGUGGUGGUAAUGUGUAUAAAUUGUGUGUGUGUUAACACCUUUUAUUAUAGGGUUAUCUACAGCCUAGGUGGUUUAAUUAAAGAUGAAGCUCCAAUUCAACUUCGACAAGGAUAUCCAUUCCACUUUUACUGGCAUCUUCUGUCACAAUGUUACUAAUACUGUUUCCGCGUACCAUGUAAUUAAUUGUGUGCAUAUUAACAAAGAAAGUUUUUUUCGUAGUGGCAUGAGAAACAUUGCCUAUUUGUAGACGUACAAUUUAUUAGCUCAUUGUAAAUAUUUGAUUAAAGUAUUUAUCACA